AUGAACCGCCUCACCCUUAACAAGGCGACCUCGUCGAAUGACGAGCCCACGCCAGGAUACCUCUACAACGAAAUAUCGCAAAUGGCCUUCAGCUCCAAGGAGUCAAUGAACCUCGUGGGGGAGUACCUCCUGAAAAAGUUGCAGAGAACAGAUAUCAAUGUGAAGUUAAAAACGCUUAAAAUUUUGAAGCAUCUCUGUGAUAAUAAGAGAUCCGAUUUUCGUAAUUUUCUGAAAAAAAAAAUAGAGAUAAUUAAAAAUUGCCAAGCAUGUAAUAUAGUGCAUGACGAACUCAAAGGAGAAACUCCCUCCAUGUUAGUUAGAAAAGAAGCAACAGAUUUAAUUAAACUUAUUUAUUCUUAUGACACUGCGGAGGCAGAUGGGAAAAGGGCGUCUAGCAAUAGUCAAGAGAUGAUGAAAAAUAAUCGAAUACAGGGUUUUGGAAAUUCCCACUUUGAAAAGGGCUCCAGGCAAAGCGGCAUGCAGAGCAGUAUGCAGAGUAGUAUGCAGAGUAGUUAUGGAGUACCCCCAGGGCGAAGCGGAGGAGUAGGAAGUGCACUCGAUCCAAACGCAUCGAAUCGCAUGGGAAAUAAUUUUAACACUCGAAAUAAUUACAUGAAUAAAAUGUCCGGUUUUGGCAACCCCUAUUUUAACCAGAACCCAGAACAGAAAACCAAAGGAGAAAUCGCUAUACAGUAUUUGAACGAAAUGGCAAACAAAUAUAUUCCCUCCUCCUUCGUGAACAAAAUUAACAAGGUCAGUGCAUCUUUGUCGAAAAAUUACGCCAACGGAUCGCUCAACAUACAGAGUAUUAUGAGCGGUAACGCCUUUAACAGCAACUUGGAGCGCAACCGCGUGGGUAAAUCAGCGGUAAGUCAUCACGGGGGGAUGUAUGGUGCGAAUUGCACCAACCAAGGAGGGAUUACCAACUUAUCCGGACAAGCCUCCUUCGGGAGGCUACACCCCAGUGGAGCCUUCCAAAGUAUGAGGCGAGAAGAUCAAGGGAAAAAGCCACAGGAAUCACAAGCAGCAGGAAUUUACGAAAGAAAAAUAAUUGAAGAUGUAUUAAUCAACGCAGGAAUCAACAGAAUACCGGCAGAAAGUCUCUUAAAUGAAUUUUCUCAAAAAUGUGAAACAUUAGACACGAAAAUUAUAGUGUCCAUUCUUACUUCCAAGCUGAAGUUAAAAUAUAUCAACGAAGAGGAAAACUGGAAAAAUAAAUUGAAGGUACUUUGUGUGAUAAAACAUCUGUUGAUACACAGAAAAAGCAAAGAAAAUGGAAAGGCAAUUGAGACGUUAGAAGUUCUUAUACAAAAUUUGAAAGAUCAAACUUUGGAAGAACUUUACCGAUGCAAAGAAAUUAAACAUUUAAAAAAACAUGUUUUGGAAAUUUUUGUCUUGAUGGGUCUUCGGACCAAGCAAGCUAGUGAGGAUCUACGCAGGAGGGACCAUACUCCCAGGAUGGAAUUCACAUCAAAUGUUGAAAUCCCCAACCUACUUGACAUCGAUGACGAAGUCAAGGUAAAUAUAACCACCAGUAGUGCCAAUAGUAGGAACACUGCACACGGGGGGUGGACAACCAACACACUGGAUGAUUACCCCCCCAUAGGUGAUGCAUAUGGAAGCGCCUUGCAGAAUGGAAACACAUCGACAAGCAGUUUGGACUUUUUCUCUGAACGAAAAAACUACCCAACUGAAAGACGAAAUCAGGAGAGUGUAAAGGUGAACCCUGUGGACGAUUUAAUAAUCCAUUUUAAUGAACUUUCCAUGGGGGCUCCUUCAAAUUUGGAUACCCCCCAAAGGAGAAGUAACAACACAAGUGGAGCACAUAGCACCGAACUGUUUAGUAGCCUCCAUGUGAAGAAGCAACAACAAGAAGACGCACGACACACAUAUCAAAAGAACGAUACAAACUUUGCCACUGGGCAAAAAAUCCAAAAGGGGAAAAAAGAAAAUACAUUUGAAAUGUCAAGCAGUGCACGCAAUCUUACACAUAGUAGUAACCACAUUAACCUAAACGAUGCCGAGUCUAGUAAUUUUAUUUUUCUAGAAAAUAAAAACGAAGGGGGAAAUAGAAAAGGAGCAAUAAGCGCAGAAAAAAAUCUUCCUCAUUUUAAGGGGGAAAAUGAUUUCUUUACCUUUGACAACGCUACGGACGGAGCAGGUGGCGCAGAUAAAAAAAGAACGACAGCCUCCCGGGGGGAUAACAAUUCACAUGUGGGUUACACGAAAUAUAGUGAUAAAACAAGUCAUGCCGAUAUGGACAACAGCUCGAUGUACCACUUGAGUAAAGACAAAAAUGAAACAAUGAAAAAUUACCAUCCUUCCAAACAGAAAGGGCAACAACCAUUUGGUGAAAACAAAAUUGUGGACCCGAAAAAUGUACAAAGCCAUGAUUUAAGUUUAAUAGAUAUGCAGGAACAAUACCCAAGCGUUACGAAUGAUUCUCACUUUGCCGGUGCAACCUCAGUACUCAGUUACGAAAAAGGACAAGUGCAGGGAUAUACACCCCAAUACAGAGGAGGUAUUAUUAACAGUAAUACUAAACCCUAUGACCAACCUCCUCAGGGUAACUACCCCACGAUGCGUACGAAUGACUCAAAUAAAUCCACAGAGAAAUUUCAGAACCAACUAACCACACCGGGAAUUUUCUCCAACACAGAUGACCAGAUAAAUAAUUUCUUUAACUCCUUUGCCAUUUCAUCAAAGAGAAAUGAAGAAGGAAGUAAAAAGCCUACCGUGCAAAUCGACGCGUUUGAGUUGUUGGCUGAUGAGCUGAAGCUGUGA